AUGUUACCUUCGUUCAAGGAUAUGAUAUGCUGUCAGCAUGGGGGCAUUAAUACCAAAGAACCAAAUACUCUUACUUCGAAAGAGAUGUUGGCGCUUUCCCAUACGGAGAGCGGGGUUUCUGAUACAUGUCACAAUUCGAAAUACUUUGCGAUGGCUUCUUUUGCAUCAAUUCUUGCUGUUCAAAGCAUGUUGUCUGAUUAA